AUGGUCUUCGCAUCCGCCACUGAAACAAUCGUCGGGCCCCCGAAAGUGCUCACAGUGCGCGAGACAUACAGCCCGCCCAAUGCAUCAAGAAGCAAUGGCCGACUCGUGCCCAUUAAGCAUGCACCAGACAGCAAAGCCGACUUUGGAGCUGAGGUCUACGGGAUCGACCUGAACAACUUCACCUCCGCGGACUUCGACUUCAUCCAUGACGCCCUGCACAGACAUAAACUGCUUGUCUUCAAGGCGCAGCCGGAGAUGCUGAGGCCUCAGCAGCAGUAUCGACUCACAGCUUGUUUCGACCCCGACGAGCAAACAGGCGGCUUCGCACACGGCGCAGACCCGGUCCUGCUUACCGAGAACGGAGUCACGAUCUACGGCCUCCCGAAUCGACCGGCCAUCAACGCCCAGCCGCAAGUGCACAUCCUGGGCCGUGGUGAACUGCCGGAGAACUACUUCGACUUCCCGCCCGGCUUCAACGUCAAGGGGAUUGACCAUGUCGACUUUCACGUCCCGCCUCAUAUUCCGCGGGAGGAGCGUGAUAGGGGUGCGAGUCGGUUCUACCAGUGGCAUUGGGAUGGGGCGCUCUAUGCUAUCCCGCCUCCGAGGGUUGGGUGUUUGCUUGCGGUUCGGACGCCGAAGGGGCCCGAUGUCACGGUGCACUGGGGCGAUGGGACGGGGAGGACGAUGGGGAUUGCACCUGGGGCUACGGCGAUGGUUGCGGGCUCGCGGGCUUUGGAGGUGCUGGAUGAUGAGACGAGGGAGGUUGUGCUUAACAGUCGGGUUGAGUAUGCGCCGCAUGCUUUCAGGUGGAUGUCCACGGCAAGGAGUACGCAGCUCGGUCAUACCAUUGUCACGGAGGGGAAGGAAGUUCCGCUUGAUGAGCUGCCACCGUGGAGCGAGGAGAAGAUCUGUGUCUAUCCCAUGGUUUGGACGAAUCCGGUCACGGGUGAGAAGUCGCUGCAGGUUCAUGGGCAGGGUGCUUUUAAGCUGUACCUGAAGGAUAAGCCUGAUGGGGAAGAAAGGAUUAUUAGUGACUUGAAGGAGGUCCGGGAAUUCAUGCACAAAAUCAUGAGCCCUGCCCUCUCGCCCGAGAACAUCUACGCCCAUCCCCAUCAGGAGGGGGAUGUCAUCCUCUGGUAUAACCGAGCACUGUGGCAUAGCAUUACCGAGUUCCCCGAGUCCUACGGCCCUCGCAUCAUGCACCAGUGCAACAUCGCUGCGUCCGACCAUCCUUCGGGUUAG